GCUAACCUUAUCAAUUAUGGCACGGAGAAGAUUAAAGAUGGUUGGGGAUGGCGCAUCUCCCUAGCAAUGGCUGCUGCACCAGCAACAAUUUUAACAGUGGGGGCACUUUUCCUUCCAGAAACACCCAAUAGUCUCAUUCAGCACGGAAAUGAUCAUGAAAAGGCCAUGAAGAUGCUGCAACGGAUUCGAGGCACGACUGAUGUCAAAGCAGAACUUGUUGAUCUUAUCAAAGGAUUAACUUGUUAUCUGGUGGCAACCUAAUGCCGUCUGCCGCCUCGCCUCAGUGGCAAGAGAAAGCUAGUGAUUUCCUUCAAUCCUCAAGUGUGAAGCUUAAAGAAGCCGGCCAUACUGCAGGGACUUUUGUAGAGGAGGUUGCCAAGGAUGCUAAAGGUAAUGUUGCUGAUGCGGUGGGAAAAGUUGGAUCAAUGGUUAAAAGUCGGUGGUCGCUUCUUCAGCAGCCAUCAACGAGACAUGCCAUGCAAGAGCGUCUUAUCACUGCAGCUGCAACCACCAGCAUGUUCUUGAGGAAGGGAUUCUCAGAAACAAAAGAUAAGGUUACGGUUGGAAAGACUAAGGCUGAAGAGGUGGCAAAGAAGACUGCACAAAAGAGCAAGACUUUACUUACUGACCUUGAACGUUGGCAGAAGGGUGUUGCAAGUACUGAUGUGUUUGGAGUUCCAAUUGAAGUAACUGUUCAUCGGCAACAUUCUACAAGGCCCAUUCCUUAUAUCUUGGUCAAAUGUGCCGAUUAUCUUGUAUUAUCAGGGAUGAGCUCACAAGAGCUGUUCAAGUCUGAAGGAGACAGAAAGGUUAUUCAGCACUUAGUUUCAUUAUACAAUCAAGAUCUGAAUGCUUCACUGCCAGAAGGUGUGAAUGCUCUUGAUGUUGCAUCUCUCAUGAAGUGUUACCUUGCAAGCCUGCCUGAGCCUUUGACCACCUUUGAGCUGUAUAACGAAAUCAGAAGUGCUCGCUCCAGCAUCCAUACCAUGAGAAAUAUACUGAAGAGGCUUCCAACGGUUAAUUACAUGACACUCGAAUUGAUUACUGCAGUACUUCUCCGUGUUAGCCAGAAGUCUCUACUUAACAAGAUGGAUGCUCGAAGCAUUGCCAUGGAAAUGGCCCCUAUCCUUAUGUGGCAGCAAGGGCAGAGACCAGAGCAUUAUAAACAGUUCUGGAAUCACUCAUUGAAAUCUCACUCUAAAACUGACAGGAUUCCUGCCCAAGAUUAUGAUAGUACAUGGGACAUGCUGGCAGAAGAAGGCGAAGAUGCAGAUGCAUCAUCUCCCAUUCCCUUGGAUGACGGGUUGCCAGUAGAUUAUGGAGCUAUCGAGGUUAUCCAAUGCUUAAUUGAGCAACACAAUGCAAUUUUCACAGAUGCAAAUGAAACUGUCUGGUGACUGGGAAGAUUGUCGGUUGUGAAUGCAUUUGUUCAAUUAGAUUUUAACCUGCUAGGUUCAAUUUUCUUGAAGAUUGUAUAGCAUGUUGCUUUUAUGAUUAUAUUUAUGGAAAUUUUGC